AAAUCCAGUAAAAUGCGGUCAGACCAUUAGACUGCAACACGUCACAACACAGAAGAAUCUGCAUAGUCACCAUUUCCAGUCUCCUUUGUCUAGAAACCAGGAAGUCAGUGCAUUUGGGGAUGGAGGAGAAGGUGACGAAGGUGAUCACUGGGCAGUGACAUGUAGUGGGAAAUAUUGGUCCAGAACUGAACCUGUCCGGCUAAAACAUGUUGUAACAGAACAUUAUUUACACGUCUCCGGGGACACAUUUGGUCGUCCCAUCCACGGCCAGCGUGAGGUCAGCGCCUACCACUCCCCCUCGGACGCCAACCUGUGGCAGGCCAUGGAGGGCAUCUUUGUGAAACCAAACUCUGGAUCAAGUAGGGACUCUGCUAGUAAUAUUGAACAUGACGAGUUUUGAUUGGACGAUAGGAUCGGCUGCUAGAAUAAAUCUUAGGUUAUAUUAUAUAAAAAUCUGUGGACUGAUUUUGAGUGUGAGGAUGAUAACCAUCAUGUUAAAAGGAUGGAGGGGGAAAGAAUUUUGGAAGGAAAGGACAGCAGUGGCUGCUACCAAAGACUAUGGAUUGUGAAAUUCUUAAAUGAUAUUUAUGAAGAAUUCAGGGAGAGUUAAGAGAAACUACUUUAUUGCCUUACUGAAUGGGUUUCUGUAACAGUUACUUUCUUUUUUUUUUCUUUGUUUUUCUUAAUGUUAUUUUCAGUUGCAAUUUUUGAUUAUGUUCCGAAUGCAUAUUUGUUUCUAUAGUUCUGUUUCUCGUUUUGGCGUGACUGAUAUGGACUGAAGUAAUAGACACACGUUUCAUGGAAUAGACCAUCAGUCGUCAGUAAAUGAAUCAAGUGUAAAUAUUAUGUGCUUUAUUUACAUGGAGUCUUCUGCUGUAUUGCAGGUAAUUUUUUACGUGACAGCUUGCUCUUGUGUGUUUUACAAAGACUAUAUAAAUCUCAAGAAGAGCAGAGAAAAUUCAAGAGAAGUAGUACAAUGUUUUCCCUGCUUUUGUGGAUGUUGAUAUUUGUCAAAAUGUUUUGUAACUGUAACAGCAUUCGUUGACUUUUCGUAAUAAAUGCUUUUCUGAAUAAAAGAAUAGCUGUAAAAUAUCUGAA